AUCAACCCAAUUAACCGCACAUGGGAUCGACAUUGCACCGAAGAGCGAAAUCAUAGUUGCAAAAUGAAAAUAAGCAAUAUCGUAUAAUCCCAGAUUAAUGGGGAUCCAAGUAACUACCAAUUGGUCAAAUGGUAGCCAAUUCAAAUAUACAAAUCCUUAGAGCCAGUUGUUUAAGAUGGUAAUCAAGUCUGGGAGUUCAAAGAUAGUACUUAAGUCUAAACAAGAAUCAAACAGAUAAUAAACCUAGACAAUUCAAGACAUAUUUGAUCAAGCAUUAAGCAUCUUCAUGGGGCAGCACGAUCAGGGGCACCGGCACGGGCAGAGGCGAGAUUUCUCAAUCGAAAAUUGGGAAAUUUCUAGAUAUGAUGGCAAUUUUUCCGUCACAGUUUCUUGGGAUUCAAAUCAUUUUGGUCAGUUUGCUCGUUUAUGGUCAAAUAUAGGUGUUUCGCCCUCACAGAUUAUCAUUCCAGCCGGCUUUUCCUUAGAGGGGCUAAAGCUUUUCUGUAAGGGUUUGUCUGAAUUGCUCAAGAACACAAAUGGGGUAAGCAUUCAAUUGCCACUGCCAGAGCCAGAAACUGUUCGAGAAGGUAUCAGGUCUAUUAUAGGAGACAAAGAUGAGGGAUGGAGAUGUUUUCAGGGAAUAGCAACCGAUGAUAGGGUGGAUGAAGAACAACAGCAUCAUGAAAAUAGACUCUGUAUAGAUAAGACUAUGGAAACAGAGGUGGAAAAUAUGCAGAAGCACACCUCAUUGGCAGAGGUUCCUAUAGACCAGGACUGCCUGAAGAUAUUUCAUCAAGUUAUUCGGGAUAACAUUAAUCUCUUCAAGAAAUCAAUGGCUAACAAGUAGUUCCUGGAUGCUUUAAACAAAGGACAGAUUCUUAGUUACUCAGGGGAAGUCAUUAGGGUUACAAGGGAGGCUAUGAAAAGCUUUGAGUAUAUUGAUGCCGCUACAUUUGCAGGAGCAAGAUACCCGGUCUACCUUGCUUAUGCGAAUGAAGACAUGGAUAUUGU